UGCUGCAUGUGCGGCUCCGAGUCCACUGUGUAUAGGUGCUACAACUGCCUCGGUGACCCAGUAUUUUGUCUGAAGUGCUGCAGAAAUGAGCACCGGAGACUGCCUUUCCAUAAGAUAGGCAAAUGGAAUGGGGGAUUUUUCGAGGAAACGUCUCUGACCAAGAUAGGUAUGGAAAUUUAUCUUGGGCAUCAGGGAAUGCCUUGUCCAGCACUUAGGGAUAUUCAUGAAUGGGAGGACACCGACGAGCCCAUAUAUCAACCAGCAGAG